AUGUCGCAGGAACAACAGCAACAGCCCGGUGACUCCGGCGAAGAGAUUCAGCCUUACCGCAUACAUGUAUCGAGCAAAUAUUUGGACAUUACGCGUCAGAAACUAGAGCUUACUCGACUACCUCAUGAGCCGUCUUCUAAAGAUUGGUGGGAGCCAAAGCCUCAAGUUGAAUCCCUAGUCGAUUUCUGGCAAGAAUCAUUCGUGUGGCGGGAUCACGAAGAGGAGCUGAACAACACACUUUCACAGUUCAGAACCAGCUUCCAGGUUUCCACACCGCCAACACCUGUCCGGAUUCAUUUCAUCCACGCUCGCUCACCUCAUGCAAAUGCUAUUCCUCUUCUCCUCAUACCGCCUUUUCCUCUAACUAACCUUUCACUUGGUCAUCUCGUUCAGCCACUCAGUGACCCUGAAGAUGCUGGGGUCGCCCAGCCUUUUCAUGUCGUGAUCCCAUCAUUGCCUGGGUUGGGGUUCAGUGACACCCUACCCUCCAGUGCUCCUCCAAUUUCUACAGCGGCUAAAGUAUUGGAUGACUUGAUGAGAAGGUUGGGCUAUGAACACUACAUUGGCAGCAACGCCGGAUCUGCUUCGAUUUCCCCAGCUGGAAUUGACUGGAAACUGGCCCGGCAUCUUUCGAACAACUUUCCAGAAUCUUGCUUGGGAUUCCAUAUGAUCGCACCUCCUCUAACAUCCCCUACACUUUCAGCUUCAGCAAGCGAAUGGCUUAAGUGGAAAGUGGCCCGUAUCCUAAACUCUCCGGUUCUUGGAUACACCAAGGACGAUAUCACGGCUACACAAAAGCGGAAGACGUUGCGACUGAACAAGAAAUCUGCAAUCAAUCUGGGACAAGGUGAUCGCAGCGAUUACGAGCCCAACACCCUCUCUUAUGCCCUAUGCGACUCGCCUACCGGCCUGCUCCUAUAUGUGCUGAAGGUUCUUCGCACCUUAGGCCCCAAGAAUGAGCUUUCAGAAAAGGACAUCAUCACACUCACUUGUCUUAUUUGGCUGCCUGGCCCCGAAGCUGCUCUCCGAUUCUGGGCACAGUGUGCUUCAGACAUUGAGCCCGUGGAAGGAAAGAAACAUGCUAAGAAACCCAAGGUGGCCAUUAGUGUGUUUACUGGCGACGAAGACCAGAGCAAGGAGCAAAAACUACUGCCUCGACCUAGAAAAGUAAGCUAUGCUUGCCCCGCCUGGGCGAACAAGGACUACCAGGUGGUGCAUCUGAACCGAGCUUCUGGAACUCCCGGAUUCUUAGCAUGGGAUCGACAAGAUGUGAUUCUGGAUGGAGUGCGCGGUCUGGCAAAGGCAAUUCUGGAAAAGGACACGAGGAUGAAGGCUGCAGAACAACCUGGAGCAACGCUUCAGGACCAGCUUGAAACACAAGACGGCCGUAUUGCUCAGGCAGAUCUAUCUGGAACCACCAUGCAGGAACCAAAGGCCAGUCCCAGCGAGGGCCCAGCUAAGCAGGAACUACAAAAACUGGUGGAGGACGAGGAUCAACAUCUGGCUCCUCCACAAGCGACCUCGCAGGGUGUCGCUCACUGA